AUGCUAGAUGCUGUAACAAAGUUCCAAAAAGCAUUUGAGAGAUUAGAAGAGGAAGAUCCACAUUUCACCAUAGAACUUCAUGAUGGACCGCCUAUCACUAGUGAUUGGGAUGAUGCUCGGGUUUUUACAAAAUUUUUGUAGAAAUUCUAUGAUGCAACUGUUCGCUUGUCUGGUUCUUUAUAUGUCACUUCUAAUUCAUAUUUUCAUGAAGUUUGUGCCAUUGAAAGUUUCUUAUCCGAAUGGUCAAUCAGUAUGGAUUCUACUUUAAAUGCCAUGACUAAGAAAAUGAAGAUUAAAUUUGAGAAGUAUUGGGGAAAUAUUGGCAAGGUGAAUAUGAUGUUAUUGAUUGCUGUUGUGUUGGAUCCCCAUUAUAAAUUGAAAUAUGUGAAGUUUUGUUAUUCUGAAGUUUACAAACCUGCCAUGGUGAUUGAGCUCACUAAGAAGAUAAGAGAGACAUUUAAUCGUAUUUAUGAUGAGUAUCAAAAGUUGCAGUCAGUUGAUUCUUCUUCAAGUCAAGCCAUUUUUGACAUGGAUGUCGACCAAUCAAUUAGUUGUACAAGUGAGCAAUUAAUUUCUCUCAAAUCGAAGUUUCAAAAACAUUUGGAAGAAGAAGAGAAUUAUGGAGGCAAGUCUGAAGUGGACAAAUAUUUGGAGGAAUCUUGUGAAAAGGAUGAUCCAAACUUUGAAAUUUUGAAUUGGUGGAAGGUGAAUAGCUCAAAGUAUCAGGUUCUUUCUCAAGUUGCAAGGGAUAUUUUAGCCAUUCCUGUAUCUACCGUUGCUUCUGAAUCGGCUUUUAGUAUUGGAGGUCGUGUUCUAGAUCAAUUCCGUAGUUCUCUUACCCCUAAGCUCGUGGAAUGCUUAAUUUGUGCACAAGAUUGGUUACGUGCUUCGCCUUUCCCCAUUCAAGUUGAAGAAAAUAUGGCUGAAAUUGAAGCUCUUGAAUCAGCCCUAUCUUCUAUUUGAGGACUUUCAUAUCAAGUUUACUUUGGUGAGGUUCAAUUGACUAUGAUCUACAGGGCAUACAAGAAGCUGACAGAUCUUCAGAAGGGUUCUACAAUCUACAUCCGUUCUGGCAUCAUCAUCAUGUUGAAGAACUCAACAAUCAAGGCGGGUUUGUCAUAUGAUGGCGGAUUUUUUCCUUUUUGGGUGUGUGUGUUUGCAGGACAUACAAGACAUUCUUUUUCCUUCUUUUUUUUUUUUCAUAUCUGUGGACUGUG